ACAGUUUUAUAAGAAUAAUUAAUAAAAAUAAUACAAAAAUAACAAAUCCACAGGUGCUUAUCGUGAACUUCGCAGUCGAUUAGCUACGCUCCACCAGUUUGGUCUUCUUGGGCAUAGCCGCAGCAGAACACCAAGAUGUCCCUCUCGAAGCCACUUUAUUCGCUCUUUGGCACUUAUCUGGAGCAACUUUUCAAUCAUCCGGUUCGCACGAAGUCCAUAACAGCGUGCAUUUUGGCUACCUCGGCCAAUGUGACAUCGCAGCGUCUGGCCGGGGCACAGAGAUUGAACCAGAACAGCGUCUUUGCCUAUGGACUGUUUGGUCUGCUCUUCGGUGGAAGUGUUCCCCACUACUUCUACCAGACCGUGGAGCGUCUCUUCAGCCAUGAUUUGCGCUUCAGGAAAUUCUAUUUGUUCUUGUCUGAACGACUAGUCUAUGCCCCCAUCUACCAGGCGCUUUCCCUCUACUUCCUGUCACUGUUCGAGGGCAACUCCCACGGCACGGCUCUUAAGAAUGUCGAGAAAUUGUAUUUGCCCCUGCUGAAGGCCAACUGGCAGUACUUGUCCUUGUUUGUGUAUCUGAACUUUGCCUAUGUGCCGCCCAUGUUCCGUUCCAUUAGCACGGCCAUAAUAUCCUUCAUUUGGGUAGUUUAUAUUGCCAAGAAGCGUCGACGUUUCGCGGAUAAGCAGGCUGCUGACAAGUCCAAAUAAACAUUCCAUUGCGGACACCAAGACUUUCCAACUAUAUUAAUGUUGCUUUAGCUUAAUAUUCAGAUUACCAACUAGAUUUCAAAGGCAUUACCAUUAUCUUUGUUGCGUUUAAACGCAGAUUGCGAAAACUAUUGCGAGUCCGAUACGUUUCUGAGAUUCGUGUGUGGGCUUGAGAUAAGCACAACAACAGGAACAACAGACAGCCUUAUCGUCUGGUUGUAUUGUAAAACCCUUUAUUUUUUUUUCUUUUACGUGCCCAAAAUAAACGUAUUCAUUCGA